CCCCAGUCCAGGCAGGUUAUAAGGCUACAUCACCAGGCUAAGGGAACACAGAUGGAAAAGAGAGAGACCAUCAUGUCCUCUUGGAGCCCAGAGAGAAACCAGAGCCCAGGAGGCCUGAGCUCCCAUCUUUCUAGAACACUGUUCCUGCUACUGCUGUCUGUGGCCUCAGCCCAGGAUGUCACACCAAACCGUGACACCUGCUUGGUGUUCCAGUCGAGCAACGGCAGCUCCGUCUCCUGCCACCCACCUGCCAAACUCCCUCACCGCUUCCCAGCCGACACCGUCUACCUGGUGGUGGAGUUCUUCAACCUCACCCAGCUGCGGGCCGACACCCUCCAGGGCGCCUCUAACCUCCAGGAGCUGCACCUCUCCACCAACCAGCUGGAGAGCCUCUCGCCCAAGUUCCUGCUGCCGGUGCCUCUGCUGAAGGUGCUCGACCUAACCCGCAAUGCCCUGACCCAGCUGCCCCCAGGCCUCUUCCGGGUCUCGGCCGCUCUCCACACCCUGGUGCUGAAGGAGAACCGGCUGGAAAUUCUGGAGCCCUCGUGGCUGCAGGGGCUCAAAGCCCUGGGGCAUCUGGACCUAUCCGGGAACCACCUCCAGACACUGCCCCCUGGGCUGUUGGCCAACUUCACCUCCCUGCGCAUCCUUGACCUCAGCAAUAACCAGUUGAAGACUUUGCCCUCUGAUCUUCUGAGGGGCCCCGUGCAGUUGGAAAGGCUGCAUCUGGAGGGCAACAGAUUGCGGGUGCUUGGAGAGGGGCUCUUGGCACCCCAGCCAGACCUGCGCUACCUUUUCCUGAACGACAACAGGCUGGCCACCGUGGCAGCUGGCGCCUUCCGAGGGCUGCAGCAACUGGACAUGCUCGAUCUUUCCAACAAUUUGCUCACCAGCGUGCCCAAGGGGCUCUGGACAUCCUUGGGGCAGCCCACCCGGGACAUGAAGGAUGGCUUUGACAUCUCUGGGAACCCCUGGAUCUGUGAUCGGAACCUGGAUGACCUCUAUGGGUGGGUCGUGGCCAACAAAGACAAGAUGUUCUCCCAGAAUGCCACACGCUGCGCCGGGCCCGAAGCCUCAAAGGGCCAGAUGCUCCUGGAAGCAGCCGAGUCCCACUGAGGCCUGGGGCUAGGGUGGGGAGACAGGCCUGGCAGCACACUGCACGGUACUUAGCAAAUAAUUCACCUACGGCUUUCCAGAGCUGCCAGGAUCCGCUUGGCCCAGGCUUCCCAAAAUGCACGUUGGGCUCUCCAGCCUCCUUGUACCCUCUUCCAAGAAUGCCUUUCCCUGGGGGCACUUGGCUGGCUCAGUCAGUAGAGCACGCGACUCUUUAAUCUCAGGGUCGUGAGUUCAAGGCCCACAUUAGGCAUGGAGCCUACUUAAAAGAAAAGAGAAUGUCUUCCCCUGUUUUCCAGAUCUCUUGGUCUCCAAGCUCCCUCAGCCUGCUUGGCCUCCCUCUGGCCCAGCCCUGGCUACACUAGGGUUGUCUCUAUCUGGUUCCGCCUCCCCCACUUCGGGGGGCUCUCCGAAUGCAGGGCCUGGGGCUGGGUUCCCUCAGAGCCAGCAUC